GCUGAUUCUCCAAUAGCAACCAGGGAAUAUACAAUUCUUUAAGAGAUAUAAACAAAAGUCCAACUUAUUAGAUUUAAGUGUUGAAAAAUGGCUAAAACUUUAGAAACUCAUCCUUGUGUGGAAACACCUCCUGCGGGACUGAAAAUUGCUCCGGGUUCUCUAUCAGCUUCACAUUUUACGGUAUGUCAAGAUCCACAGACGAUUCCAGAAUCUAUGGAAUCAGUUUUUAAAAGGGACUAUCCACCAUGGCCGAUUGACAGUCGUCCUUCAGCCGCUGAUCGUUUACAACCAGCUAAAUUAUUCGGAGUUGAUGAUCGUCAUUUUAAUGCCAGAGCUAGCGAAACAACUCAUGCUUAUCCAGCCUAUGAUGCUUGUAAACCACAAUUAAGAUCUGAUAGGUUGAAGUUAGCUUCGACAAAUUUCAAGAUGGAUGCCGAUCGAGAUAAGAUACCAGCUGAAAUAAGUACUCAAAAAGCCGAUUAUACUCCUAAGGCUUGCGACAGAGCAAGAGCUAAUCCUCAGGCGAAUUUGUCAAGUAUUCCCUUAUAUGGUUUACGGUCAGAUGUCCCAAUGUCUGAUUACAAGGAUAGAUAUAGAAAAUUCGAGGCUGACAAACCGGAAACAAUUAGACCGGCAGAAGGAAAGCCAACAAUAUUAGGAGAUCAAAGACAACAUUCAUAUACUACAACUCAUAGAAAAGUUUUCGAACCAAAAACAGCUGAAAGAUUACCCCCUCUACCGGCUCCCGUUGGCAGUAAUAUACCAGCAGGUGAUCCAGAGAAAGUAGGAACUGGUCCAACCGUACAUCAAAUGAGCUAUGUCAAGCAUGAUCCCAGCCUCUUAAAAGGCUAUAAUAGAUCAGCUGUUGCAGGUAAAUUGCAACAAACUCAUUUCGAUCAGACAGACGGUUCUGGUAGAUACGAUAACUACUCAACAACUUUCAAGGAUAGCUACGUGCCUCUGGCUGCUCCUGAAAAGAAUUGGAAGAUGUCAAAACACAGGAACCAUAGCGACUUGCCACAGGGUGAUCCCAAGCCCUUUAUAGCUUGCACAACUCACAAAGUCGAUUACAUUCCUAAUAGAGUUGACAAAGUUAAUCUAGUAAAAGGAGCGGAUAAGAGAACAGCUAGUAACGUAGAAUUCGGUGAUCCUGAUCAAAUGACGUCCUUUUAUUCAACCACAAUGCGAGAUGAAUUUACACCAAAAGAGGGUGCUAAGGGUUCUUGUGUAAUGGAUAAUAGUAAAAGUUCUAUUCCAAUUAAGUUGUAUGAUAAUUCAUUUGAUGAUGGUACAACGUACAAAAAUGAUUUUAUCGAAAAGAGACAAGAUAAGCUCGUUCCAGAUCCAGAUGCCCUUGACAACUUGAGAAAGACACACUUUGACGCUCCUUUAGCUAACACAAGAGAAUUUAAGACAGAACAUAGAGAAGCUUUCGUUCCAUUCGCUGCAACUGAUAAUGUUGGCGUUGACCCAACAAAAUUGCAGAGGAGUUCUGUUCCAUUGGGAAGUCUUGGAAAAACUAUAGUGCAAAAAGAUAAUACAACGUAUUAUUCGGAUUAUGUUAACCCAGUUAAAAACAAAUUUCUGUGUUAA